AUGGAACCGAAAACAGAAGGCACCCAAGAAUUAGAACCACACCAUACGCAAUUUAUUUUAUUUGAUGAUGGUACACUUAAUCCUAGUGGUGUGGGUGAAUUUGGCAUGAAACUAGCACGAGAAAUUUCUAGUACACAUCGAACAAUACCACUCCUUGCAAUACUAGUUGCUGGUCGAAUACACACAUUGAAAAUCUUUUUUGAUAUAUGUGAAAAAAUUCCUGUGGUCAUUAUUGAUGGAUGUGGACCAUUGGCUAAUUUGCUUACAAAAUUUCUCAACCGUACAGAAAAGAAAGAAACAGAAAUGCAAAGUAAAUUAGAUCUAGAAGCAGAUGAUUUUGAAAAUUUUGCUAUUGAAUGCUUAAAAUGUUGUUGUGAUGAUCAUAAAAUUUAUGCUUCUGAAUUAGUGAUACGUGAAAUCGAGCUAUUUGGUAGAAUAACGUGUUUACAGGUGGCUAUUGCUGCAGAAAGCAAAAAAUUUCUUCACGAAGAAACUUGUCAUUUUUUAUUAACAAAUAUAUGGUAUGAUCGAAUUGAACAAUCCAGACGAAAAUACUGGUUCUAUUUUGAUUUAAUUACACUUAAUAUACCAUAUAGUAUUAGAACAAUUCAGAAACCAAGAAAUUCAAACACUAAAAUGAAGAAUUCGGAUUGUACACAUCGUGAUGAAACAGAACAUCAACGAAAUCCGAGAUUGGAACCGAAUGGUAUCGAUUAUCCUAAGAAUUUUGAUAACAGCUCAACAGGCUUACAAUGCUGGAUUGAUUUUCAUAACUCACCAAUAGCCAAAUAUAAUUACAAUUGGGUAACAGACAAACGCUCCAAUUCUGACAGUCCGGUCUUACCAACGAUAUUGCGUUCGAAAUAUACCUCAUAUCCCGAACGGCAUAUCGGAGAAAAUUUAUAUACUGUUCGGGAUAUUUUUGCAAAACAUUUUAAAAAAAGUCAUUAUCACAAAAAUCUUACUUCUAAAACACCUCAUAUACAUUGGACAGAAAUAUUGACAAUUAUUACUGUUACAACAAUGCUUAUCGAAGAUGCUAGACAGGUUUUUCUGCAAGAGAACAAAACAUGGUGGAGAAAAUUUAAAACAUAUUUCAAUAUUCAUGAUCGAACUUCUAAUUUAUUUGUGGUUCUUCAAGCAUACAUACUAUUUUAUAUUGGAUUAAUAUUAAGAUUUAUAUACAAAAAUAGUGAUUCAUUUUCAAUAGCCAGUGCCUAUGGUGUUGCUUCACGUUCAGUGUAUCUAUAUGGUACAUUUAAUUUUGAUUUCACACAAUUAUUUGAAAAUAUCAUUUAUCCGGUUUAUUAUUUUAUUUUUGGAAGUUUCGAUGAUGAAAGAAAACUGUUAGAGGAUAAUUUAACUGCUGAAAUGAUUCCUCGUAAUGAUGAUGUGAAAAAUGAAUGGAUGAAUUUUGAAAUCUACGCAACAAAUCCUCAUGUUCGAAAAACACUCGAUUCGGUGUCGUUAGCUCUUUCACCAGCACUAUCUAAAAGAGAAAAACCCGAUGUAUCAAAAGAACGCACAAGACUCGAGGAAGAUUUAUCAGCUAAACUUGAAAGAAUGGACAAUGAAUUGAAAUCGAUUCGUACUAUGAUAGAAGGUUCAAAAAUUCAUAUUGAUAAAGAUAAAUUGGGUAAAGAUGGUGUAUUUAACGUGAAAAGUAUCAAACUUGACAAACUGAAAAAGAUUACUGUAAAAAAUUUAUUAGAUCCUGCAAAGUGUUUAGAACUUAUUGUAAUUGAAGAUUUUAACAAAAAACGAUGUCAAGAAGCGAUAGAAAUUGGUCAACAUUUUCCAAGAGAAGGAACAGAAUUUUGUAGCAACCCAGAAACCGAAGAAAUAAUUCGAAAAAAUCUUUCCAAAAUUAAACACAAUUAUGAGGAAAGAAAAAGACAAAACAUUGAUUUGGAAUGGGAUGAUUUUACAAAAGUUUUAAAAACAUUUUUGGUCUUGAAUCCGACACAUCGAGAAAUUGGUGAAGCAUUUAAUGCUUUACAAACAGAUCAAACAUUUAUUGAAGUCAUAGAAGCUUGUAUGUGGUUUACUCGUCCAAAUAUAGGACAACAAUCAUCAGAGGAUGGAAAAAAAAAGGAAAGAUUGAAUAAAAUAAUUCGUAAAAAACCUUUAACAUACGAUGAAUUUAAAUGUUUAAUAGUGGAAGGAGUUUUUCGUCAAAUUUUAUGUGACUAUCAGAUAUUCUCACAAGAAAAUUUUUCAGCAUUACAGUACUGCAAGAUACAGCUCAAAGAAGUGAUCAAGGUGUGA